GUGACCGGGGUCACGUGGUCCGGUGCAUAAAUAAAGAGGAGCAACUUCCCUCGAUCACAGAUUGUUGACGAGUCACGCAAAGACACAAACCAGCGGCCCGAGGUUUAAAGUUCACGCCCUCGGCUGACGAACCCCUGGCAGUCAAAAUGUGGCAUUCAGCCUUUCUGUUGCUGGCUGCCAGCUUGUCGGUAAGCCUGGCCAGACCCCGCUUCACACCCCUGUCCAGUGAGAUGGUCAACUAUAUCAACAAGGUCAACACUACUUGGAAGGCUGGUCACAACUUCCAUAAUGUUGACUACAGUUAUGUCAAGAGACUCUGUGGGACGCUGCUGAAGGGACCGAAGCUGCCAGUCAUGGUUCAGUAUGCUGGAGACCUGAAUCUGCCCAAGAACUUUGACUCCAGACAGCAGUGGCCCGAUUGCCCCACGCUGCAGGAGGUCAGAGACCAAGGCUCCUGUGGAUCCUGCUGGGCAUUCGGCGCCGCAGAGGCCAUCUCCGACAGAGUGUGUAUCCACAGCAAUGCCAAGGUCAACGUGGAGAUCUCCUCAGAGGAUCUGCUGAGCUGCUGCGAGAGCUGUGGCAUGGGAUGCAACGGUGGCUACCCUUCAGCUGCCUGGGACUUCUGGACCCAUGAGGGGCUGGUCUCUGGCGGUCUCUAUGACUCCCACAUUGGUUGUCGGCCUUACACCAUCCCCCCCUGUGAACACCAUGUGAAUGGCAGCAGACCCUCCUGCUCUGGGGAAGGAGGAGAUACACCCCAGUGCGUCCACCAGUGUGAAGCUGGAUACACACCUAGCUACAAAGGAGACAAGCACUUUGGUAAAACGUCUUACACCGUGCUGUCAGACGAGAAGCAGAUUCAGAGCGAGAUAUCCAAGAAUGGCCCAGUAGAGGCCGCCUUCACAGUCUAUGAAGAUUUUGUGCUGUACAAGUCUGGUGUCUAUCAGCAUGUGUCUGGGUCUGCCGUUGGGGGCCAUGCCAUCAAGAUGCUGGGCUGGGGAGAGGAGGACGGUGUUCCCUACUGGCUCUGUGCCAACUCCUGGAACACUGACUGGGGGGACAACGGAUUCUUUAAGAUCCUGCGAGGAUCUGAUCACUGUGGUAUCGAGUCUGAGAUUGUGGCGGGGAUUCCAAAAUAAAUUCUAAGAUAUCGAGCUGCAGGGUUGGUACUUGAUCUGCAGAGAGCGACACAUAAACGCCAGUUUUUCAAACUCUUUAAGGGCUACUUGGGCCUUUUUUUUUUUUUUUUUCCUUUUUUUUUUUUUUUAAGAUAAAGCCCUCCGAUCACCUAGCACACAAUGUAUGUAGAUUCCUUUUGACAACAGCCAGAAACAAGUCUAAAGCAACCAUCGCCUCAUCUGUUAGCAGAUAGAAUAUGUACCGGAGCACAAAUCACCUGUUUUAUUGAAGGUGUUUAGUUUGACGGUCUUAUUCCUUCAUCUCUUAAAACAAUGCUAAUCAAGGUUGCACAGUAAGAAAAUGUUUUUUAAAUGUUUUAGGUGCAUUCAAUUUUUCUCAUGUGAUUUGAUGCAAAUUUUCUCUGACGUGUAUUUGUUACGUUUUCGGCACGAGCAGAGAGUGUCUUGGAGCAACACCGCCAAUGCUUGAGAUGAUUACAAGACUAUAUGCCUAGUACAGCGAAGACCGUUGGAAUUAACAGCUUUCAUAGUUGAUAUUUUUAUUCAACAUUAUUUCUGUCCCACAAAUGCCACCAUAAUGUUAGGAUGUACUGACUUGUGAUGGGAUGUUUUUAUUGUUUGCCUGUAUAAAUCAAAAUAUUGGCACAGAACUGUGAUAAUCUGACAUUUAAUAAAACAAUGUGGCUCCCAA